AUGGAGGCCACCGAGAAUAAAGGAGCUGGGAUACUGCACCACAUCCUCCCUCCGCGUCUCGAGGACGCUGGCCUCGAAGACUGCGCCCUCCCGCCAGACUCCAUCAAGGAAGCCUUCCUCAAAGCAGCAGCGGCCGUCAAGUCGCCCGCCACCUCGAUCUUCACCUCCGACGAAGACGAGGAAUCGUUCGAAGAUUGCGUCAAUGACCCCUGGCCGGACCUGAAGGAUCACACCGGCGAGCUGGUCGGAGCCGAGCCGGAGACUCGGUCGGCAGGAUCGUGCGGCGGAAACAAGGGUGGGUCGGUGGAGAUCGGCGGAGAUGAAGUGGUGGUGGGCGGCGAGAAGGAGAAAGGGGAUAAGGUGAUCGUGGGAGGUGAGGACGUGAGAGGUGGUGGGGAGAGGGAUUGUCUGGAUGGAUUGGCGGGAUUAGAGAUCGGAGAGAAGAAGAAGGGUGAGGAGGAGGAAGAGAAAGAUGGCGGAGGACCAAUUUUGGUGGGAGGUUAUGCUUGA